CUCAUUUCUCUGCUCUUCCUCGUUCCGAAAAAUGUAGAGUUGAAUUUCAGUGUUAUAUCAUCUAGCAGGCGCUUAUUUGCGUCUGUUAGGUAACAUAAUGAUAUUUUUAAAUCCUUACUGUUCAUUUCUAAAGUGUUUUUUCUAAUGAUGCUGGGCAUUCUAUCACUUCUGUUGACCAGAAAUCAAUUUUUUGACAUCUUUGUGGCAACCAAUAAAGGUGAUUUGACAUUGUAGUUUGUGGUGUCAGUUUUGGAGCUACCAAAGUCAAGAGCCAGAGUCCUUAUGGAAAAUACGUUUAAGAAUGCUGUUGUCAUUGGAAAUGGACCCUCUGGGAUAACACUGUCUUACAUGUUAGCGGGAAAUUGGCCAUACUAUAAUGGCUUACCUCAUCCCAUCGAUUUUGUCCAGUACAGAUUGCAAGAAAACAGGGAAAAAUCUCUUCUUGAACAGGACCUAUGUUACUUAUCAGAAGGUUUAGAAGGCCGGUCUUUAAAUCCUGUAUCUGUGAUGUUCGAUACUCUGAAUCACCCAGAAGCUGAUUUAGGGGUGGAAAAUCCUUCUGUUAUUGCUUGGAAUAAAAGAAUAGAAAAUGCCACAGACCAUAUCGUUCUCGGGAAAGGGGUUCCAGGAGGGUCAUGGCAGAAAAUGGAUGGUUCAACAUUAACAAUUAGCCUUGGCUCUUGGAUGGAACUUCCAAAUCUCAACAUUAGGGAAUGGAAUAUGAGACAAAACAGGUUACGCAUGGGGCAAUCAGGCUUACGUCAGAAAAGAGCUACAGUUGGAACAGUUGCAGAAUAUUAUUCAUAUUAUGUAAGUUCUCAAGGAUUGAACAAAUAUUUUGUAAAUAAUGCUACUGUAACCUCAGUGGAACCAAUUGACAGUACCACAGCAACUACUUUGGGUUUCAGAAACUUGUGGAAAGUUACUGGUUUUACUGAAAGUUCAACAAAUAAAGCUGGUUACAUUCACAAUAAACCAUUCAGCUAUAUUUCACCCCAUGUUGUUUUGGCAAGUGGUAAUUCAGACCAACCUAAUAUGCUAAAUGUUGAAGGUGAAACCUUACCAUUUGUUCUUUACUCAUUGUCAGAAUUAGAGAACAAAAUCAAAGAAGGAAAACUGUCCUCAGAUUCUGGAAGUUUACUUAUAGUAGGAGCUGGACUUAGUGCUGCAGAUGCUGUUAUUGCUUCUCGCUUUCAUGGCAUUCCAACUUAUCAUGUGUUCCGAAGAUCUGUUUCUGAUCCAGAUCUCAUUUUCAACAAGCUUCCACAAAACAUAUAUCCUGAAUAUCAUAAAGUGCAUCAAAUGAUGAAAGAUUCUAACAAAUACUAUGAAGGAUACAAAGCUUUCCCAUGUAGCAAUGUGCAUUCAAUUAGGCAAGAUGGUACUGUAAUUGUUUCAUCAUGCAUGUAUGAAAAUGAAAUAUCUACUCUGAAAGUGUCUUAUGUUCUUAUUCUGAUUGGAAUGCAUCCUAACUUGAACUUUUUGCCAUAUAAAGACUUAAAAGUUGGUAUUAAUCCAGAGAAACCUGUGAACUGCAAAAGCAAUCCAAUAAAUAUAGAUUUAUACACUCAUGAAAGUGUAUUCUAUCCUGGUAUAUAUGCAGUAGGUCCUUUAGUAGGAGAUAACUUUGUUAGAUUUGUUCAAGGAGGCUGCCUUGCUGUUGCUAGUCAUAUUGUUCGAUGUGUUGAAACAGAGGAGCACAGGUUUUCAAGUGUACCUACUUUGCUAACAUAGAUACUGUGUGUUUUAGUGGUUUUACAAAUUUGUUUCAAGCUCGUUGGACUUAAUUAUUUAAAAUUUGAAAUGCAAAAAGGCAUUUUGUAAUGUGAUAUAUACCUAGUUAACUGCUUUGACUUGAUGAAACUGUUUGAUAUUAUAAUUAAUAGUGAUGCAGUUCUAAACAGUUGCCCAAUGCUUUCAUGCUGUUACUUUAGAAUGUUCUACCUUUAGUCUCAAUAUUUCUACUAAAUUGUUAAUUGUAUUUUCUACUAAUUCUAUUUUUACUUGGAUUAAUAUGUUAAAAUUUGUAUUUUAAAAGUGUAAAUAAUUGUUUAUCCAUUGGCAUUUCAUUUGUUCUUAAGUAUAUGUUUCUAAAAUUUC